GAGGGGCCGCACACAAGUCUGGGAAUUACAGCCCCAGGGUUGUAGUGUGCAUCUUGCGCGGUGCACCUCGGGAGUUAUAGUUCCGGGCAGAGAGGCGGAAAAUGCUUUUAAGCGCUGAUGUUGAGUUCUGGAAACUACGACUACCGAAGCGCUAGAGGCUCCUGGGCAGUUUUUUGUUUCCGUCGAGUUGACCGGCUGGGCUGCUUCUGAGGCGUUAACUUGGCUGGCCUUCAAGUUCAGCUGCGGCCCAAGUUGUCGUUCACUUCAGCUGGUGAUGAAAUGGGGGUCAGCCAGUCCGUGGGCUUUCCGCCUGUCUCAGGACCCCACCUCGUGGGCUGUGGGGAUGUGAUGGAGGGUCAGAGUCUCCAGGGGAGCUUCUUUCGACUCUUCUAUCCCUGCCAAGAGGCAGAGAUCACUGAGCAGCCCCUGUGGAUUCCCCGCUAUGAGUACUGCACUGGCCUGGCUAAUUACCUGAAGAUUAAUAAGCGCUGGGGGGCUUUGCUGUUCAACCUGGCUGUGGGAUCUUGUCGCCUGCCUGUUCACUGGAAUGGCCCCUUUAAGACAAAGGACUCUGGAUAUCCCUUGAUCAUCUUCUCUCAUGGCCUGGGAGCCUUCAGGACACUGUAUUCAGCCUUCUGCAUGGAGCUGGCCUCUCGUGGCUUUGUGGUUGCUGUCCCAGAGCACAGGGAUGGGUCAGCUGCAGCCACCUGUUUCUGCAAGCAGGCCCCAGAGGAGAACCAGCCCAACGGUGAGUCACUGGAGGAGGAAUGGAUCCCCCACCGUCAAAUUGAGGAAGGGGAGAAGGAAUUCCAUGUUCGAAACUGCCAGGUGCAUCAGAGGGUAAACGAGUGUAUGAAGGUGUUGAGGAUCCUGCGAGAGGUCACUGCUGGCCAGACCGUCCUCAACAUCUUGCCUGGCGGAUUGGAUCUGAUGACCUUGAAGGGCAGCAUUGACGUGAGCCGGGUGGCUGUAAUGGGACAUUCAUUUGGAGGGGCCACAGCUAUUCUGGCUUUGGCCAAGGAGACCCAAUUUCGGUGUGCUGUGGCUCUGGAUGCUUGGAUGUUUCCUUUGGAACGUGACUUUUACCCCAUGGCCCAAGGCCCUAUAUUCUUCAUCAAUGCUGAGAAAUUCCAGACAAUGGACAGUGUCAACUUAAUGAAGAAGGUUUGUGCCCAGCAUGACCAAUCCAGGAUCAUAACUGUCCUUGGUUCUGUUCAUCGGAGUCUAACUGACUUUGUUUUUGUGACUGGUAGCUGGAUUGGUAAAUUCUUCCCCAGUCCAGUCCGUGGGAGCUUGGACCCCUAUGAAGGUCAGGAGACGAUGGUGCGGGCCAUGCUGGCCUUCCUGCAGAAGCACCUUGACCUGAAAGAGAACUAUGACCAGUGGAACAACCUCAUUGAAGGCAUUGGACCAUCACUAACCCCUGGGGCCCCACACCAUCUGUCCAGCCUAUAGGCACAACUGGUCAUUUGUGAAACGUCACUGAGCUGAGUUCCCUUUUGGGGCCUGCCCAGUAACACCAAUGACCUCCUAUCAGGAAGUGGUCAAUAUGACCCUUCUUCAUAGAUGAGAGGGUGUAAUCACACUGCUGAUUGGUAACUAGGUACUUUGAUCUUGGACUUGUUAAUCUUAAACUCAUGUUGGGACUUUGAUCACUUACUGACUGGUAAACUGACUUUCUAGAGACUGAGCCCUGGUGGUGUGAGGAACAAGCAGUGGGGUGGGUCUGGGAGGACCCAAGCCACAAGCUGAACACCAUGAGUCCAAUUAACCCAGGGAGACUGCUUCCGCACCUUGGGCCAAUGUGGCUUCUGCAGUGGAAGAAAUGCAGGCAAAAGACGGAGUGAAAAUUCCUAUCUUCGGGGCCUCUGGUGCCAGAGACAACCUGGCACUGUCCCUUCCUGCCUCUCUCCUUCUCCCUCCCCAGGGCCUCUGAGCACUUUAGGUAGCUUUCUAGGAUGUGGACCACCAUCAGAUUUUCUGUUUAUUUUCAAGCCUUCUCAUUGCAUGAAACAUAGUACCAGCAUUUAGUCAAGACUAAGUUACACUUGUGAGCCCAUGGGAGGGGCAGACAGCAUUGUCCUGAUAGCUUAGGGAGAGAAGCUGAGGGACAGAGGGUGCCUCAGAAGCUCCGGAUGUCUUUGAGUUUUGCUGAAAAUGUAGUUUGACAGGAAACAACACAAGUUGGUUGAGAUGGAGAAGGUAGAAUAACAGUGUUAAGUAGUGACUGGAACAGGCCCUCACCACAAAAGGGAAGAAGUUUGGAGGCCAUCGAAUUCAGGGGGCCAUCCCUAGAGAGAAGUCUAGGAACACUCUGGUCUUGCCUCUUACUUCAGAUGUCAUGAGCCUCCAACUUGCUCAGAAUCAGGGUGCUAUAGUUGUCUCUCUCCUGGCUCUGAGGCCCUAGCCUCAAAUUGAGUCAAGAUACAGACUGAAUUUCUAUUCUGUUCCAUUUAUAAUAUGAUAUUAAUACUCAUGUUUGCCUAGUGAUAUGUUGGAAUAUUCUCUGUGUUUAAUCUGCAUUACAGCAAGAUGGGGAGCCAUCUGGAAGUAACUUUUCCUUCUGUCUUUCUUUGAUCACUUACCACUUGUGCCCGUGUGGAAAAAAACUUUAAAAGGAAAGGAAGUCUUCCCAGGGAUCUCGUUCCAAGCUGUCUGGGAACAUCAAUGCGAAACACUCCUCUCCACUCCCCUAGACUUCUCAGCUCAGUUUGAGUACGGGACUCCAGAGGAGGGAAGAGCAAAAGGGAAAUGCAUCUCUAUACAUCAGUGUCACCAAAGCAAGCUGGGACUAUGCCUCCCAUCUCAACAGCUAUUCUUUCUAAGAGGUGAGACACCAGAUCUGUUGAGGCUAUGGACCUGCCUUGAGAGGACCUGUGGAUUCCAGUGAGACAUAGCACAAAGCCCCGGGCCCUUGAGUUCCAUAGCCUGGUUUUGAGUCCAGGCUCCACUACUGCUAACUAGGUAAAUUUGAGCAAAUUAUGUUCUCUUUCCAGUCUUGGUUCCUGCAUUUCUAAAAUGGGGAUCUGCAUUAUGAAUAAUUAGGAGGAUUCAGUGAAAGUAUGUAUAGCCCAUGGGUUAUGUACUUUCCAAACAUUCGAGUUUUUUCUGGUUGUCCUAUAGCUGUUGUUUUCUAGCUUGAUUGCUUUCAGUCAGAAAAUGACCCAUAUGAUUUUCACCUGAAACUUACUUGUUGGCCCAGUGUGAGGUCAGUUUUAUAGAUGUUCCAUGUAUGCUUAAUAAGACAGUGCAUUCUGAAAUUGUUGCUGUUUUACCAAAGAACACAUUAUGAAUUUCCUUCUAUGAGAAUGCAUACAGAUACAUAAUAGGGCCAUCCAACCUCUAGAAGGGACCAGAGCCACCCUGCACUCACAGAACCAGAAGAACCAUCCCUUGUGCCUGGGGCUGGUUCUGCAGAUGCUGAGAAGCCAGUUCGGACAGCAUUAGCACAUGAGACCCAACCUAUACCUUGAGCCAUAAAUAUUGCUGGUAUGUUUUGUGGAGACCUGAAACACCCCUAGAGAAAGAACUUGUUUGGAAACUGAAUCCAUCUCCUCUAUUCAGUUCAUGUUCUGGUAAUGACUCAUUUAUCUAGCAUCACUGGAGUAGGUGAAUUUUCCAUAUAAUUGAAAAUUAUUCUUUAAGCCACAAAAUGUAAUAUUGACUUUUUAAUGGUUAUUUACUAAAAAGAUAAUGCACAUACUUCUUAAUGUGAUCUGACCUCUUAACUUUUUAGGAUGUUUCAAUCAGGAUAGACUAGAUUAUAUGGUAGUAACAAACAAUCCCAAAAAACAAUAAAAAUUUAUUUCUUGUCCA